AUGUAUUUUUUCUGGACAUUUGUUUUGUACAUUGUAAUUAUUACACUUAAUUUAACUUUAAUCAUAACUGUUGUAGUGGAAAAAAGCCUCCAUGAUCCUAUGUAUAUUUUCCUUUCUAAUUUAUGUGUUAAUGGACUGUAUGGUGCUGUUGGUUUCUACCCAAAAUUUCUGUUGGACUUAUUCUCAGAUAUGGCAAUGAUUUCCUACACACUGUGUGUCACUCAAGCCUUUAUAAUAUAUACAUCUGCCAUGUGUGAAAUUGCUAUUUUGACAGUGAUGGCUUAUGACAGAUAUGUUGCAAUAUGCAGACCACUACAAUACCACAGCAUUCUUACUCCCCGAACUGUUUCAAAAUUAUUGUUACUUGCUUGGUUUUAUCCAUUCUCAAUGGCAGUUAUAUCACUUGUUCUUUCAGUUAGGAUACCUAUUUGUGGAUCAUUCAUUGGCAAGUUAUUUUGUGACAAUCCUUCAAUACUGAAACAGGGAUGUUAUUCAGCUGCCGCAAACCGUGUGUGGAGUAUAAUUAUGAUUGUUGGUCAGAGUAUUCAAGCAGUUUUGAUUUUUGUUUCAUAUGCUCAGAUUGUGCACAUUUGUAUAGAAUCCAGUGAGGGCAGAACCAAGUUCACUCAAACCUGUUUGCCACAUAUAUUGGCAAUCUUAAUUUCCACCCUUGCUGUGGUGUUUGAUCUUUCAUAUAGUUGGGAUGGUAUUGCAAAUCUUCCUCCUGAUGUACGCAAUGCAUUGGGGUUACAAUUUGUAAUCCUCCCUCCUUUUUUAAAUCCACUUAUUUAUGGUUUACAACUCCCUAGGAUCCGAGCAAGAGUCUUUGGAAGUUGUGGAUGUUCUACGAUCAAACCCAAGAAAAGAAAAGUGAGAGGCAGCAGGCCUCCCUGA